AUCGAUUUUUCUGUGGAAAUUGGAAAAGCCAGCUGUAAACGGAGCUCAAAAAACGAAAAAGCCUCCAUCCAAGACAAAUUUUGGUAACUAAAGUCAGAAGCAGCUAAGAAGGCAACAACAACGUAAAAAUUCGUGAAAAAUGGCACCCGUGAGAGGCGAUGGAAUGCGCGGUUUAGCCGUUUUCAUAUCAGACAUAAGAAAUUGCAAAAGUAAAGAAGCUGAAAUAAAGCGCAUCAACAAGGAAUUAGCGAACAUCCGAAGCAAAUUCAAAGGAGACAAAACGUUGGAUGGCUAUCAAAAGAAGAAAUAUGUGUGUAAACUGCUUUUCAUAUUUUUGUUGGGACACGAUAUCGAUUUCGGGCACAUGGAGGCCGUUAAUUUGCUAUCAUCGAACAAAUAUUCGGAGAAACAAAUUGGCUAUUUGUUCAUCUCCGUGUUGGUGAACACAAACAGCGACUUGAUUAAAUUAAUCAUUCAAAGUAUUAAAAAUGACUUGCAAUCCCGAAAUCCGAUUCACGUGAACUUGGCGUUGCAAUGCAUCGCGAAUAUCGGCAGUGCUGACAUGGCGGAGGCAUUCACGAAUGAGAUACCAAAGUUGUUGGUAUCGGGCGACACGAUGGAUGUCGUGAAGCAAAGUGCUGCGUUGUGUCUUCUCCGUUUGUUCCGCACAUCGCCCGAAAUCAUUCCGGGCGGCGAAUGGACUUCGCGCAUCAUUCAUUUGCUCAACGAUCAACACAUGGGCGUUGUAACGGCAGCGACGAGUUUAAUCGAUGCCCUCGUCAAACGCAAUCCCGACGAGUAUAAGGGAUGCGUGAGUUUAGCUGUUUCGCGUUUGUCGCGCAUCGUAACUGCCAGUUACACGGAUUUGCAAGAUUAUACGUACUACUUUGUGCCGGCGCCUUGGUUGAGUGUCAAACUGUUGCGCUUGCUGCAAAAUUACAAUCCGCCCACAGAAGAUCCGGGAGUUCGAGGUCGUUUGAACGAGUGUCUCGAAACGAUCUUGAACAAGGCACAAGAACCGCCGAAGAGCAAAAAAGUGCAACAUUCGAACGCCAAGAAUGCCGUCUUGUUCGAGGCAAUCAAUUUAAUCAUUCACAACGACAGCGAAGCAAAUUUACUUGUUCGUGCGUGCAACCAACUCGGGCAGUUCUUGAGUAAUCGCGAGACAAAUUUGCGAUAUUUGGCGUUGGAAUCGAUGUGUCAUCUCGCUACGUCGGAAUUUUCGCACGAAGCUGUGAAGAAACAUCAAGAAGUCGUCAUUCUUUCGAUGAAAAUGGAAAAAGACGUUUCUGUGCGACAACAAGCCGUCGAUUUGCUGUAUGCCAUGUGCGAUCGAAGCAAUGCCGAAGAAAUUGUGCAAGAAAUGUUGAAUUAUCUCGAAACCGCCGAUUACUCCAUUCGCGAGGAAAUGGUUUUAAAAGUUGCUAUUUUGGCGGAAAAAUAUGCCACAGACUUUACAUGGUACGUCGAUGUCAUCUUGAACCUCAUUCGUAUUGCGGGCGAUUACGUUUCCGAGGAAGUUUGGUAUCGUGUCAUCCAAAUUGUCAUAAAUCGCGAAGAAGUUCAAGGUUACGCCGCCAAAACCGUCUUUGAGGCACUUCAGGCGCCCGCUUGUCACGAAAAUAUGGUCAAAGUAGGCGGAUACAUUCUCGGAGAAUUCGGAAAUCUCAUUGCGGGCGAUUCGCGAUCCGCGCCAAUUGUUCAGUUUAAGUUGCUACAUUCGAAAUAUCACUUGUGUUCGUCAAUGACGCGCGCUCUUCUUCUCUCGACAUACAUCAAAUUCAUCAAUCUCUUCCCGGAGAUCAAGCAAACGAUUCAGGAUAUUUUCCGGCAAGACAGCAAUUUGCGAUCUGCAGAUGCGGAGCUUCAACAACGGGCGAGCGAAUAUUUGCAAUUGAGUAUUGUCGCAUCGACAGACGUUCUUGCGACAGUUUUGGAGGAGAUGCCGUCGUUCCCUGAACGUGAAAGUUCCAUUUUAGCUGUAUUGAAGAAGAAAAAGCCGGGUAGAGUGCCCGAAAUUGACAUGAACGAAUCGAAGAGUCCUGUUCCUACUGCAAAUUCCAAUCAAACGAAUAAUCAUCAUGUCAACAACGUCGGAAAUAGUAACGCAACAUCAGAUCUUCUUGGACUUAGUACACCGCCAUCACAGCAAAACGCAGGAGGAUCACACACAGGAACACUUAUUGAUGUUCUCGGAGACAUGUAUUCACAAUCAAAUGGGGGUCCCGUUGUUAAUCGAAAAUUCGUUUUCCGUAAUAACGGAGUGUUGUUUGAGAAUGAUUUGUUGCAAAUCGGAGUUAAAAGUGAAUACAGACAAAAUUUGGGAAGAAUCGCUCUAUUUUACGGAAAUAAGACACAAACCCCUCUUCAGAAUUUCACUCCAGCAUUGCAAUGGUCACCUGAAAAUGCUCUUAAAUUAAAUGUUCAAAUCAAACCAAUCGAACCAACAUUAGAAGCAGGUGCACAAAUUCAACAACUUAUCACAGCAGAAUGUAUAGACGACUAUUCAGAUGCUCCAACAAUCCAAAUAUCAUUCCGUUUUAAUGGUCAACCGCAAAAGUUGGCGCUUAAGUUGCCAUUAACAAUCAACAAAUUCUUCGAACCGACAGAAAUGAAUGCCGAAUCGUUCUUCGCGCGCUGGAAGAAUCUUGGAGGUGAACUCCAAAAAGCACAAAGAGUAUUCAAGGCACAACAACCGCUCGAUUUGCCGGGAGCUCGUAACAAAAUGACAGGAUUUGGCGUUCAAUUGCUCGAAGGAAUCGACCCGAAUCCCGAUAACAUGGUGUGUGCUGGCAUUAUUCACACGCAAACACAACAAGUUGGAUGCUUGAUUAGGUUAGAGCCGAAUAAACAGGCACAGAUGUUCCGUCUUACAAUCCGAUCGAGUAAGGAAACCGUAACGUCAGAAAUUGCCGAAUUAUUGGUAGACCAAUUUUAAGUAAAAAAAAAGUUAAUUUGUCGUCGUCCCCCGUACGUCUCUACCUACUCAGCAUGCAAUAUGUUUAUUUUUUAGUCACACAUUGAUUAAAAAAUAUAAAAAAAAACAGAUAAAAAAUUGUUCAUUAAACAUAUAAAUAAUGAGAAAUAAAAUUAAAUCAUAUAAAAUAAGGGAAAAAUCGAUAAAUAUUAAUGAUAAAGUUGAAAAAAAAUGUUGAAAUGUAAUAAAAAUAAUACUAAUUAUGAUAUAAAAUUAUAAAAAAUAAAAAUAUAGACCAUUUAUAGGACACAUAUUUAAACAUUGUUGGACUCGUAUAUAAAAAAAAUAUGAAUAUAACUUUAAGGAUGUAAAAUAUUAUUAAAAAGAAAAGUUUCAAUCCUCUUAUCAUCAUAAAAAAUAUCUAAAAAUAAAGAAAAAAGUAAUCAUCAAUCCCGAGACAAGACACAAGGCUUUACAAAAUUAAUUAAUUAUAUUAUACAGCUACUGUAGAGGCAUUAAUUGAACAGUAUUGAGAGAUGUGAGCGCGAGAAACACGAAAAAAAACGUAUACAUGGCAUGUUGUAAAAUAUAUUAAAUUAUUACUAUUAGGCGAGACUGAUAAAUAAAAAAAAAUUGAGAAAGAAACGAGGAAUAUAUUUAAAA